AUGUCGCCCGAACAUGUUCAAGCAACUGUUCGAUUCGCUGCGAUGAAUAAUCUUCGUUUAGUUAUCAAAAGCACUGGACAUGACAUUUUAGGUCGAUCGACAGCAGCUGGAUCUCUACUUUUAUGGCUUCAUCAUAUGAAAAACAUGACAUUGAUUGAACAAUACUCAUCCUGUGGCCUCAACAAUGUAUCAAAUGCUAUUCGUUUAGAAGCAGGUGUCCAAUGGAGUGAAGUCUAUCUAUGGCUGAGUAAAUUCAAUUUGGUAGCAAUUGGUGGAGCAUCAGGUACAGUGAGUGCGGUUGGUGGUUACCUUCAAGGUGGUGGCCACGGUCCACUAUCGCGUUGGAAAGGUUUGGCUGUUGAUCAAGUACUUGAAUACGAUGUUAUAACGGCAGAUGGACAACGUCAGACAGUAAAUGCAUGUCAAAAUCGUGACUUAUUCUGGGCAUUAAGCGGUGGAGGUGGAGUUUUAUUGNUUGUACGAACUUUUCCAUCGCCAUCUAUUGUUAUUGCAACAUUUUCUGUCAAGGCAUCAAAUGAAACUCGCUAUGAAAAAUUAAUUGAAAGCUUCGUCGAAAUUUUACCGACAGUAGCCGAUGCCGGAUGGUCUGGCUAUUUCGAUAUAGUCGAUAUGACAUUAAGGGUUUUAUUUCAUGUGCCUAAUGGAGAUUGGGCUGCACUCAAUGCUACAUUGAAUCAAUUUGGGGCCAGCAACAUUGAUUUAGAUUUCACAAUCACCAAUAGUUUUGUUGUCCCAUCAUUUUAUUACUACUUUGCCCUUAUGUUGGAACCAAAUAAUCCCACUGGCUAUAAUCUUCUAGUGAGCUCACGACUUAUUCCAGAAAGCAUAAUUCGGAGUAAACCAAGCCAAGUCGCAAAAGCUUUUGUCCAAGCGAAAGGUCAGAGUACAACUGGCUCGAAUCUUCGUGGAAGUUUUGUAGCUGGUGGACAAGUAUCAAAUACAACAAACAGAAAUAACAGUGUUAAUCCUGGAUGGCGUACAGCUCUUCUUCAAAUGAUCUGUAUGCAAAGUUGGUUGGAUACAAUAUCCAAAGCUGAACAAGAGUACUUAGCUACACAAGUCUUACUUCGAGGAGAGAUGUUAGACACAGUAUUGCCUGCUGGUUCACAACCAACAUGCUACGGUAAUGAAGCCCAUCCAAAUGAAAUGAAUUGGCAAGAGAAAUUUUUCGGUUCGAAAGUUAUAUACAAUCAACUGAAAAGAAUAAAAGAAAAAUACGAUCCACUGGGACUCUUCGUAUGUANAGUCAAUUUAACCGACAUGGAAGCCAUCUCAAGUAGGAUUUAA